ACCAACUUUUUUGUUCUCUGACCCAGUUUUGAGCCAUCGAGACUGACUGUGAAAUGGAGGGUAGGAGAAACGUUGCCUUCCCAAGGCCUCCUCUCCUCCAGCACCCCCCACCCCCUCUCAUGGCGACCUCAACACACGUUGCGAGACCUGCACCGACUUUGGGGAGGCAGGGCCUUGGGGACCAAGAGGCUUACGACAGGCGCUCCCUCUGAACCCCUAUCCAGCCGUAUCCGAAAACCACGUAGGAAAGAGAACCGAGUCCCGAGAGGUUCCUGGUGUUGCGCCCAACUACAGGAGGCUUCUAAACCGAAAGGAGAAAGCUCAAGCCGAGACCUGUUUGCUAUCUCUGAGGAGCACAAAUCAGAAAACGCCAUGGCUCCUAACAAAGAGGCCAGCAGUCUUAACAGCUCUCCUACGGGGCUCAUCUGCCUCCCCCCAAUCUCAGAAGAACUACAGCUUGUGUGGACCCAGGCAGCCCAGACGAGUGAGCUGGAUGGCAACGAGCAUUUGCUACAAACCUUCAGCUACUUUCCCUAUCCCAGUCUAGCAGACAUCGCCCUCCUCUGCCUCCGCUAUGGGCUGCAGAUGGAGAAAGUCAAGACUUGGUUCAUGGCCCAGCGCCUUCGCUGUGGCAUCAGCUGGUCAUCUGAAGAAAUAGAAGAGACUCGAGCACGAGUGGCCUACCAUCGAGACCAGCUCCAUUUCAAAUCCCUCAUCUCUUUCACUCAUGUGGGGCGGCCCCCAGAGGAGGCACCUCCUUCCCUGCCGCCAUCUGAGCAAGCUGGAACAUCAGUGCCCAUGGCUGUUAGCAAGGCCACCCAAAUCAAAGGAUUGAAGGUAGAGCCUGGGGAUUCCCCAGAGCCACUGAAUCACCAGAAAGCAAAAAAGCCCUCGAUGGCCCCUGGCGGUGAGGCAUUCCCCCACCAACCAGAGUUAUGGCACGAUCUUAAAAGCAGUGGCCUCCCUAAGGAACAGGUGGGCAGGGGUCCCAACCCACCGCAUAGCUCUGGUCCUACUUCCUGGAACCACUCCACAGCUCUCCAGCCACAGGCUAGGGAUCAGCCCCAACCACUCCCCUUACUGGCCAGUAGUUAUAAGCCCGAGUCACCAUCUAAAGUGACUCCACCCUCCUCCUCUACCUCUUCUUCCUCUUUCCAGGUACUGUCUAAUGGAGGUGCUGCCACCUCUAAACCCCCGCAGCCCCCGGGCUGUCUUCCACAACCAUUGUCAUCCAGCGAACCUGCACCAUCCUCUCCACUGGAGCCAACCUGGCCCCACAAGCUAAGGAAUAAUAACUCAGCAGCAGGGAGGGCCGGCCUGGCAGAGUACCUUUCCCCAGAUAUGCAGCGCCAGCGGAAGACCAAGCGCAAAACCAAAGAGCAGCUGGCUAUCCUCAAAUCAUUUUUCUUACAGUGCCAAUGGGCACGGCGCGAAGAUUACCAUAAAUUAGAACAGAUCACUGGUUUACCUCGGCCUGAGAUUAUUCAGUGGUUUGGGGACACACGCUAUGCCCUUAAGCACGGGCAACUUAAAUGGUUUCGGGACAACGCAGUGCCUGGUGCCCCUAGCUUCCAGGACCUGGCUAUUCCCACACCACCGCCUUCAGCACGCUCUUUGAAUGAAUGGGACACGCCACCUCUGCCGACCCCCCCACCCCCACCAGAUAUAGAACCCUUGGAGAGGUACUGGGCAGCUCACCAGCGGCUUCAGGAGAAAGACAUCCCUCAGUUGAGUCAGGCAUCAAGGCUUAGCACCCAGCAGGUACUGGACUGGUUUGACUCUCGAUUACCUGAGCCAGCUGAAGUGGUGGUUUGUUUAGAUGAAGAGGAGGAAGAGGAGGAAGAGGAACUGCCUGAAGAUGAGGAUGAAGAAGAGGAGGAGGAGGAAGAUGAUGAUGAUGAUGAUGUAAUCAUACAGGACUGAGGGGGGCAGAUAGGGGGGUGGGAGGGAAUGUUACUAAAAGAUGAUCCAACAGAGUAACUGUUCAAACAAACCACACUUUUUAAAAAUUACUUUGGCAAAGAUCUGAAAAGCUUUGUAUUCUUGAGCUUGGCGGAUUAGAUCCAAUGAGAGUGGACCAGGGAGGAUGACCUGAGGGCUAGGUGGGGUUUGGGUAGGUAGAAACCCAGGUUUUCUAGCUUCAGUUAAAAGUGCUUUCAGAUCUGGCUUAAAACUCAUGUCAGGGCAGCCAGAGUGGUAGUACAGCAGAUAAGGUGCAUGCCUUGCAUGUGGCUGACCCGUGUUUGAUCCACCUUAACCCAUAUGUUCUUCCAAGACUGCCAUGAGUGAUCCCGGACCCCAGAGCCAGAAGUAAGCCCUAAGCACAGUCAGUUUUGACCCAACCCCUUCCGUCCUCCCCACUCCCCAAAAAACUGGUGUGGGAACAGGCUCCAGGUCUCACAUCUGCUGCUGUUUCCCCUGAUUUUCCUUUAUGUGCUAUGAAGAGGCCAGACCCUGGCCUGCAUCUACAGGAAGACUGCAGAAACUGAGUUAGAGAAUUUUCAGUUUGUGCAUUUCUGCAUGCAAAAUUUCGUGUGUCCUUAAUUACCCUCUGCAAUAUGAGGCUGCCUUCUACCUGUUUCUCCUAAAACAAGUCAUCCCAUGCAUAAACCAGCUAAGACAUAACUCAGCUCAGUAUACCCCAAUCUCUUAAAUAAUCAUAAAUAAUUCCUUUUCCUCAUAGCAAAUUCAUGUAUGUUUUACAUGUUUGCAUUAUGAGUCUCAGCAGAAUAUUUUCCUUUCUGAUACUGGGAUCACUUUGCCUUGUAUAUUUUUUCUUUCUAAAAUCUCCACUCCGCCCACUAUUUGUCUCAGGGUAAAUCUCCCCCCCAUGGAGCCUGUGAAAAAAGUUUAGUAAUUGGGUAGAGAUUAAUUUAGACUAGAUAUUUAUUGGAGAUUAGAAUUGGUGGGGGGUAUCCUUAGAAACCAGCUAACAUAGAUUAGAUAGAGGAGAGGGAAAGGUUUCUACUGUACAGAGGAAUGGUGCAGGGAAGUUCCAGGUUUGGUUUUACAAAUCUGCCACUCCUUCCUGCCUCACUGGACAGCAACUCAGUUUUCAACUUUUUUGGAUUGCUUUGUGUCCAGAAAAAGGCUUUCCCUCUACAGAAUCUAUUUAAGGGACAGAGGGCCCAUCUGUGGUCUUUAACUGAAUUAUCGAUGUUUUAGAGUAAUGUUCACCAGUUGGGGUUAAGCGUGAAGAUACUCAGUGGAUUAAUAUCUAGAAAUAAAAGUGCAAGCCCAAAUUGCCAGAAUAACAAUAAAAAGGCCAGAAAAUAAAAUUGUA